CAUGAUGUACUUGGUGUGACAUCAGAGAGGCAACAUGGCGAACAACGGGGGAGCGUCAGUGGAUGAAAUGAUGCGAUAUACUGAAUAUUCACCUAAAACAACUGUUAGGAGUGACGCAGAGAUAGAUAGACGGUUGGGAGGGGCUCUGAUUGCAGUUGGUCUUGGUGUUGCUGCUGCGGGUUUUGCAGGCCGUUAUGCAUUCCAGCUUUGGAAGCCACUGGGCCAGGUUUUCUCUGAAACGGUCAAGAAGAUGCCCACAUCGGCUUUCUCGUCUUAUUACAAAGGAGGUUUUGAGCAGAAAAUGUCGAGGCGGGAGGCAAGCCUCAUUCUGGGUAUCAGCCCAGCUGCCACGAAGGCUAAAGUACGUGAGUCACAUCGGAGGAUCAUGGUCCUAAAUCAUCCAGAUAAAGGUGGCUCUCCAUAUCUUGCUGCAAAGAUCAACGAGGCCAAAGACCUAAUGGAAAAGGAAACACGCCGAUGACAAUUGCUCGUAGGAAACAAAGUACAGGUUAAGAAUCAAACACGUGGAGAUGGUGCUCCUUUAUUUAUAUGAAGUGUUGAAAGAAAAUAAACUGGUUGGAAAAGGUGUAAAGUCGCCCUCUAGUGGUAGCUAAGUAAAAUGCUGUUUAUGUGAAUGUACAUACAUCACCAUGUAAGAUGUUCAGUAAAGAUCUGCUUCAACAACA